AAUGAUUGAUUGUUUGUUUUUGAUUUAAGAUGGCAACCGCACUAGAGAGAAUCCCUACUUCAUUAGUUCCACUGUGAUCCCCUGACAUAACAAACACCCACACUCCACAACUCAAGACACAUUCUUUACUAUUACUAUUUCAGAUCAAUCAAACCUACGGCUAAAAAAACCCUAGAGAUCAAAGUCAGUCUCCCUCUGUCCGUCAAUGGCGACUCCGAGGAAAGCUUGCGGGCGCGAUGUUUUCGAGUCAGUGUACUCCAUGAUCGCACUGGUCUUCAUGCUAGUCGCCUGCGUAGAGGUCCUCGACGCCGCCGCCGUCGUCGACGUCUAUCGCCUCAUUCAGUACGAUCUCGCCGGCGUCCCGUUCGGAUCUCGCUUCGCCUCUCUCAAUCACCACGCCGGCUCUUCGCUCUUCGCCCCUGGCACAGAUCUCUCACGCACAGUUGUCAUACUUCCUGUUCGUGAACUGAACCUCACUUUCAUUAGAGAAUACAUUGGACAAAGACGGCCGUUAGGUGGUUUAUUACUAUUGCUGCCUCGGAUGUUUAGCUCCGAAAACAGAGCCAAUAUGGAUGGAGGUGAUCAAGGACUUGGAAAAGAACUUAUAAGGAACAUAUUGGUGGAAUUGGAACGGUUACUUAUACAUGCCAACAUCCCUUAUCCAGUGUAUUUUGCUUUCGAGGAUGACAAUAUUAAAGCUGUCUUAGCUGAUGUCAAGAUAAAUGAUGCUACUGGUCAGCCUGCUACUGCAACAACUGGAGGAUAUAAGCUUGUUGUCUCAGCACCAGAACCUAAGAAACUUGCAUCUCCCACCAUCACAAACAUCCAGGGAUGGUUGCCGGGAUCGAAAGCAGAUGGAGAUUCAAAUCAACUACCAACAAUUGCCAUUGUGGCAUCUUACGACACGUUUGGGGCUACACCGGCAUUAUCAGUUGGAAGUGAUAGCAAUGGAAGUGGCAUUGUGGCACUUCUUGAAAUAGCUAGGUUAUUCUCUGUUUUGUAUUCAAAUCCUAAUACUAGAGGAAGGUACAACUUACUCUUUGGGCUAACAUCUGGUGGACCUUACAACUAUAAUGGAACUCACAAGUGGCUUCGAAAUUUCGAUCAACGUUUGCGUGAAAGUAUUGAUUAUGCUAUUUGCUUGAAUACUAUUGGCUCAUGGGACAAUGAAUUAUGGAUUCAUGUGUCUAAACCUCCAGAAAAUGCCUACAUAAAGCAAAUUUAUGAAGGUUUCUCAAACGUAGCAGAAGAGUUAGGGCUCAAAGUUGGUCUUAAGCACAAGAAAAUAAAUAUUUCUAAUCCUCGAGUCGCCUGGGAGCAUGAACAAUUUUCAAGGCUGAGAGUUACCGCAGCAACACUUUCUGAACUUCCCACUGCACCUGAAUUGCUAGAAAGCACUGGAGGUCUGUCUGAUAACAGAGACUUAGUGAACGAAGCUGCAAUUAUUAGAAGUGUCAAUUUAGUUGCUGAGAGUCUGGCGAGGCAUAUCUAUGGCCACCAGGGAAAAAACGUCAAGAUAUUUACAGAAAAUAGUAGCUUGGCUAUCAACCCCUCUUAUGUAAAAUCGUGGUUGAAUCUCUUGUCACAGACUCCUCGAGUGGCACCAUUUCUAUCAAAGAAUGACCCGUUCAUCAUGGCUUUGAAAAAGGAAUUAGCAGAUCAUACCGUUGAGGUGAAUCUGCAACAUGAAGUGCUUGAUGAGAUGUUCACUUUCUAUGAUUCAACAAGUGCCAAGCUUUACGUUUAUCAGGUUGCCAGUGUGACAUUCGACUUGCUCUUGCUACUAGUGUUGGGAUCAUACCUGAUAAUCCUUUUCAGUUUUCUUGUUAUCACAACCAGGGGUCUUGAUGAUCUCAUCAGUCUGUUCCGUCGUCCUCCCUCUCGUAAAGUGAAAACAGCUUGAUCUUGAAGAGGGAUAUAUAGUGCCUUUUGCACUGUAGACCGUCCCAUGCGCUUAAACUGAACCAUCUUGGUCGAGUUAGGUUAUGGUUCCUUUUGUAGGUUUAUUCAUUGACACGAGGUACCAUUUGCAUAUGGUCCCCAUGAAGAUGUUCCAUAAUUUAUUUUGCUUGAUCGAGAAUCAUUGUACCAGAGAAAAUUUUGUUGAGAUAUUUACGUUUUGAUUCACAAAGUAUAUUCCCGAGUGUGUGCAUGGGUCUAGACUUUCUAGUGUCCUUCAGAUGUGUGGGGCUAUUAGCAAACACAUGUAGUUUGGCAAGUUUACUUUUUAUAGAGGUUCAUCUGCUAUACAUCUGAAACAGUAUCCAACGAAAUGAAUUGAUAUUUGUCUUGUUUGGUUGA